AUGGCUCUACAAAGGAGAGGAAUCUUAACGCACCCAGUUACAUGUGCACGUUGCGGCGAACCGGAAUCCGCGGACCAUCUCUUCCUCCACUGCAGGUUCACUAAGAGGGUGUGGAGUAACCUCCCCACAAGACCAAUCGACCUCCAACCAACGGCUACUUUUGCUACAAGCCUGGAAGCGGCGCACACACUGGUUUGUCUUCCACCUACAGGUGUUUCAGUUCAUGUUUUCGCUUGGGAGGCAGAACCAGCUAAACCAAACGGAGCAAGCAACAUAAGAAGAUACAGUGGCCAUACAUCGACUGAGACUACAACUCUGUAUACAGACGCGGCCUGGAGAGCACAGGACAGAACCGCAGGGUGUGGCUGGAUAUUUUACACCCCACGACCAGGAGAAGCAAGACAAGGAGUCUCAAAGGAAUCAUUCGUCGCAUCCCCCUUGAUGGCCGAGGCAUUGGCUGUGGGAGAAGCUCUUCUACAUGCCAAAGCUCUUCACCUAUCCAAUAUCUGUCUCAAAUCGGAUAAUCAAGUGCUUAUCAAAGCGCUAAACUCGAAGCAACAUCCGGUGGAGAUCUACGGAAUCAACUUGGAUAUCGAGAAUCUAUCUUCGUCCUUUUCUUCUAUCACUUUUAGUUAUGUCCCUAGAAGCAUAAACUUGGCUGCGGAUGCUUUGGCUAAAUCUGCAUUGUAUCUUCUACCUGGGUAA